AUGGCCGUACUAAACGCCACUCAAAACACACAGCACACAAACUCCUCAGCUGAAAAAAUACAAACAGACACGGCAAAUUUAAUAAUUGGAGUGGUGUUACUCGGGAGCGCUCUCAUUGGAUGCAGUUUGACGCUUUUAGUCCUGGGAAAAGAUUUCUUCCUUGGUAAAAACCCUCCUUCCGUAUUGGUUAGUGCACUGGUUUGGGUGGAUUUCAUUGGCGCGUUUUCAACGGCAGUUCUUGUUUUCCACGGCUAUGUCCAAGGACCAGAAUGGAUCAUGUAUUCUCCCCAGUGUACCUUACAGGUUUGUCAGUAGUAUUGAGAAUAUGCAUACAAAAUGCUCAAUGAUAAUAAAAUAAUUAUAAGUUCUUAUCUCAGCAGCCAGCUUGAUUAAUUACGAACCUCGACGUUAAGCCACAAUAGAAAGUUUAAGCUUCACGUAUACGACAAACGGCAAACGUCAGAUUCAAAUUGAGAAUUUCUGAAAAUAAAAAAUUGCCUGAAACACUAAUUCAUGCGUAGAAAUAAUUAACAGUAAACGACAAGUAAAAUGGGCCACGAGGUAAAACUUCGCGUUUGCCGUUGGACGUAAACGUGACGCUUAACCUCUGUAAUAAGGGAUUGGGACGAGACGACAAAAGACGUCAUUUUUUUUUCUCGGGCUUACGUCCUCGUUUAUCUCGACUUGAGUGCUUACACUAAUAGGUUUCGCGUGUAGUAACUUUGCAUAGAAAAAUAAGACUACUUUCAGUCUACAAAGGCCCCUCUUCGUUUGUUUCCUUCCUCGUAUUCCCCAGCCUCUGUUUAAAGCAAAAUUUCUUUACUAGAAUACUCAUGCUUCAAAUCUAAGAUAAUUUCAACUUUUUUUAACAGGGAUUCUUCUCGACAGCAUUUGGAAUUUCUUCAGGCGCCGUUGUAACUUUUAUGUCUUUAGAGCGCGCAGUGUCGCUUCACAAACCGUUUUUCUACAAACAGCAUGCCACACCGUGCCUUGCUCGGGCUUUUUGUAUAUUUAUCACGCUAUUCUGUGUAACAUUAUCAGCUCUUCCCUUCGCUGGGGUUGGACGAUACAUGUUAAGCAAAAGCUCCCGUUUCGUCUGUCAGUUCGAUUGGUUUCCCGAGGAUUUAUCAAGCACAGUUUAUAUCCUUGCCUUAGGAAUGAGUGGAGCCCUUCUUAUCUUUCUUAUGACUGCUUCAAACAUCUUUGUGUUCGUCAUUGUUAUAAGAAUCAGGAGGCAAAUGUCAGCAGUUUUGCCAUGGGGAGAGAAUGCGAGGCGCCACAGGCGGCGAGGUGCCUUCCGACUGGAGGAGCGCAUGGCAAAGUUUGUGGCUCUCGUUUCCGUUGUUUUUCUCGUUACUUGGUUACCAGUGACGGUAAGCAAAGGUGCAUUUAUACUUUAAUUUAUACCAAGAAAGCGUUUAUAUUUAUUUAUUUAUUCAGUAUCUUGAGAUGAGAGAAGAAGAGCGCCCUCCCUCGUGCAAGAGACAUGGCAUGUUAGCAGGCUACGCUGAACUCUGAAAUCAAGUCGACUGGUUUCCUGAUAUACGGACUGACGUGGGUUAUAGGUCAUACAAAUUGCGAAUAGCUCAUCAAAAUGUGUUCCAGUGAACAAAUUUCUGCGUCAAGCAGAAAUCUUGAUUUAUUUUCAAGUAAACUUAUCUAUCUGGAUUCUAAUUAGAUCAGCUUAAAAUAAUUCGGAAAUUUCGAUGAACUUAUUUGCCUCUUCAAGAUUCUUCUUGAAAUUAACGAUGACAGCGAGUUUUCGGAAGACCAAUUUAAAGAUUGGUGAUAUAAUUAUAAAGUAGUAUUCGACUACGAUCACGCUUCAGACUCAAGGAUCUGGUUUGCCGCUUUGCAAUCCAAAUUGACCGGUUUAUUCUGCAAAAGAUGAUCUGCUUACCCUUCAAACUAGCCGCGCCUACACGUCGUCGGUUGAUUUCAAUUUGAUGACCUCUUUCCUUGGUCUUGUUGUUCGAAGGCUCAUAGGCGCCAACCCAGGGGAAAAAUCUAAAUCCGUGUUUCCUUUUCUAUUGUUCAAACGCAUUUUCUCUUUUUAGAGCAUCAUCAAAAGGUAGACCUAUUAACAAUUAACGGUAAACUGAAUUUGCUUUUUAAGAGUUCACAUCUGAAUUCCAAACUUCGCCAAACCCUGGGAUAUCUUAACAAAGCCUUGAACAACCGGCCCAGUUGCUGCACGUUUAAAUUGGCUCGAUACUAUUACUAAAAAGAACCUGCAGCACUAUGACGUGACACAUGAAGAUGGCAAUGACAGAUUACUGUCGAAGCUGUUCUUGUGACCACUCUCGUAGGCGACCAGCUCUAGUCUUGUUACGACCACCUUUGUGAAAUCCCGUUUGAACUGUGCCUUAAAACUUUGCAAUGAGAAGCUCACGUUAGCGACCACGACCACUUUUGGGAUUACCCAACUGGACUUUUCCUUCGUUUUUACGCUUUAGGGUAAGCGACCACUCAGAGUCUUAUUCAAAUAAAUCAACAGUUUACUGAAACUGCAUAUACUGCGCUAAUGGUCUAAAAAAUUGGGCGUAAAGUUUGACCGUGUCCAUAUCAGAUAUAACGACACUCAUUUAACAUUAAUUCCUUUUUUUCUUUUUUAUGAAUUAUUGAUGAGUUUCUGAAGCUCUCUUAAGCGACCACUCUCUAUUGUUUUACCUUGCUGUCGCUUACGCUAGCUCAUUCUCGUAAGCGACCAGUUCUAUUUACGGCCACUUUUUCGAAUUACCAAGAGAUCGCUUAGGAGAGCUUUGAUUGCAUUCAAAUAGACGCCGUUUUUUUUUUCUUUGCAACCCAAGGGCAUUAUUUUUAACUCAACGCUGAAAAUGCGAAAAUAGUGAAGGUUUUUUAAGUAUCAUAUACGGUCUUGGCCAGGCAUUUUUGACCCAAACUUAAAAGUUUUGUUUUAGUAUGCGCUGAAACAUCCUUCGUAAACAUUAACGUUUCUUGGGUGCAUGCUCUUCUUCAGAGGAUUAAAAGCAGCGUUGUGGACGCAGUCUGGUCCAUUCCUACGAUCUCCUCACCAGUUCAACUGCAGGCCCAGGGCGCGAGUCGUUUAUUAUUUAACUUAUUUGUCUUUCGUUAUUAUUCUUUUAAUUCUUUUUUAUUCUUUAAUUUUCAGAUUCGCCUGCUCUGUAAUGUAUUUCGGGUGUAUCCUAGCAACCGCCUUGACAACCUCUCCCUUAAACUUGUGGUUGCUAAUUUCCUUUUAGAUCCAUUCACUUACGUUCUGUUCAAGAAAAACUUUAAAAGAAACUUAAAACAAUCCAUCACUGAGCUAACUGAAUUCAUUGGAGACGCCAGUUUUGGUCAAAGGCUUAAAAAGCAAAGCAGCCGUGAUAAUAGAGGAAACAAAAAGGGAAAUACAUCUGAAGUUGGUCACGGACAGUUUGCAAAGACAUCGAUGUUUCAAGGUGAUAAACCAACCAUGCGUACUGUAAUUCUUGAUACUGCGGCAUAA